AAACGUCCAACAACAAACGAAAUUUUGGCGACUCUCAAUAAAAUAUCAAAAGAAACUGAAGCUGAGGAAUUCAUUAUAAAUCGUAAUCAAAGACCUAUUCCUGUUUUAACCAGGAAUGGAACAUCUACGUUAUUUUCC